UGUGUGUGUGUGUGUGUGUGUGUGUGUGCAGGAGAGGCAGCCUCUGCAGACGCCCCCCCGCUGAGCGGAGCCGAUCAGGACGCCUCGUACCUGGGAUACAUGCGUCUGCUGGGGGAGUGUCGCGGCUCCAUCGACACGGUGAGGAAGAUGGGCUGCGAGCUGAAGGAGGAAGAGGAGGGGGGGGCCGGACUCAUAGACCCCAGCUCAGAGUCCCAGACCUCUGGAGUGAUCGAGCGCUGGGAGCUGCUGCAGGCGCAGGACGCCAGCCGGCAGCUGCGCAGGAAGCAGAGCCAGCAGCAGGAGCAGCAGCUGACCUCAGACCUGCUGAAGGUGUGCAGCUGGCUGGAGGGGGCGGAGGAGGAGCUGCAGCAGCAGAGGAGGCUGGAGGUCAGCUCAGACAUCCAGGACAUCCAGCAGCGCAUCCUCAAGCUCAAGGUAGCCCUGCUCUAA